CCCACCAUAUAAAUACUAAUAACACUCUUUUCAUCUCCUUACUAAACCCCUCUUUACUAUUUAAAUUUUCUUCACAACCUACACAGACAAACACCAAUCUCUAUAAUUUCUCUCCUCUCUCGAUUCUUGAGUCAGAGAGAUACACUCUGUUAUGCUCUAAUUUCAUCGAAUCGUGCUCCGAUGGCCGAGAUCGCCGUACUCGUUGAAGCUGUCUUCGCCGACAAGUCACCGGCUGAUCUCCACCGCCGACUCCGUUCCGAUUCGUCUCUUAAGUUAGGGUUUGAAAAACUAUAUCUGAUUCUCAAAGAUGGCGUUCAAGUCGAUUCAAAUGGUAAAUUAGGGUUCGAGUUGUGGGACCUGUCUCAGAUUCAAGCCGUUGCUUCGAUCGGUUACGCGAUUUAUUCGUCAGUUAAUUCGGUUUCUGUGGAGCAAGUGGAACCGAUAAUUGUGGCGGUUGUUCAGCAAUUGGUGGAGUUUGCGCUGUGUGGCUUGGAGAAAUCGAUUACCAACGGCGAUGGUUUGAAUUUUCAGGAUAAUAUGAUACAAAUGUUAGAGAUGGCAUUGUUAGAUGGCAUGGAUAAAGAGUUUGAAUUGAUACAGCCUUGCCCUUUAAAAGCGCUGGUAGAUUCGUUGGCGAUGUUGCCUGUUAAAAGUGGCAAUGCCAAAUUACUAGACUACAGCAAAUGUCUACUUCAAGAAGGGGGCAAUUGCACAAAGCAAGAGAAGCAAGUGGAUCGUCUUCUCUUGACACUAGCUUCUGAUAAUAUGCAACUUGAGAAGGCUACUUUUGGUCAAGGCAUCUCUAGUAAUAUUGUACGUCAUGAGUUUAAUAAGGUGGUCUCCUUGACUCAGCACUGGGCACUAUUUCAUUUAGGAUGUGUUCAGCGUCUUGUCAUGUUCUGCAAAGAAGUUCUUUUGCUUUCGGAUAUUGUUGACGAUAAGACUGUUCAAUAUAAUCUACGGAAAAGAUUAUCUUGUUUGACAAGAAUCUUUAAAUUACUUGGAAGUGUUACCAAAGAUGUCUUAUAUGUGGAAUAUGAUUCUGUAUUGUUCCAAGCUGUUGCAUCAGUUCUCAGUGUACUUCCCAACUUGUUCAAGCCUGGAUUUGAAUUUAUAAGCAACAGUGCUUCUGUUGAGAGUAGUGUUGACAGUCUCAUUAUAUCAGUAUUGCAAGAGUUUCUACAAUUUGUUCAUGUUAUCUUCUGCAAUAGCAACGUCUUUCGAAACAUUCAGGCAUUUUUAGUAGCAAGUGUCUUGGAUAAUCUGGAUGCUGAGGUCUGGAGGUACAAUAAGUCUAGUGGUAUUCCGAUGCCCCCAUUGAGUUAUUUCCCUCAAAUUGUGACUUACGUUCUGAAACUCAUUGGAGAUAUAAACCAACAAAAUUAUCAGGAUUUUGAGCUGGGGAACUUGCAUGCAGAUGGCGGCGAGGUGUUAAUUUCUAAGCAGACAGAAUCCUUUUCAUGCCAAAUUCACUCUGAGAAGUUUUUUCUGCUAAAGAAGUACUCUGUGCAAGAGUUAAUGAGUAUAAUAUUUCCCAUUUCAAAGCAGUGGCUUGACAAUUUGAUGCAUCUCGCUUUCUUUCUUCACUCAGAAGGAGUCAAGUUGAAGUCAAAACUGGAAGCAGCACAUUCCAGUGGAACAAAAGUAUCUUCAAUUCCAGAACCAGAAAAUGCUCUUUGCCAUGAAGAUGAAGCCCUUUUUGGGGACUUAUUCUCCGAGGGUGGUCGUUCUGUUGGAUCUGUGGAUGGACAUGAUCAGCCUAGCGGUGGCCCUAUUGCUGUCUCAAGCAUAUGUAAUAUGCCACUGCAAGCUGCUACAGAAGUUUUUAGCUUUUUAAAAAUAUAUGUUUUUUCACCUAGGUGGCAUCCAUCUUUGUAUGAAGAUGGUUGCAGAAAGCUUAUGGAUGGGCAUGUUGAUAUUUUGCUAUCUAUUAUCAACUGUCAAGCUUGUUUUUCUGAAGAUAGGAUGUCCAAUAAUGAUGCAGCAGUAACUGGACAGAGGAACAUUACUCAGAUUAAUGAACUUUGCUUUGAACUAUUGCACAACUUCCUCGCCAGCCAUCUAUUGUCUGAUAUCCUGGAGGAAUACCUUGUCAUGAAAAUUUUAAGUGCGGAUAAUGGUUGCUUUGUUUACAAUGAUCAGAGCCUUGCUUUGGUUGCUCAUGCUCUCAUAUCUAAAGUUGGUUCAGAUGGAAGUCAACUGCGAAGUGAUAUCCAAAAGGUUUUUGUUGAUUUCAUUUUUGAAAAGAUAAAAACAGUAUGUUUAGGCAGUCCUGAAAUCAAGGAAGUUAUUGAAUCUCUACCAUCCGUCUUCCACAUCGAGGUUCUCCUAAUGACAUUCCAUUUAUCGUCUGAAGAUGAGAAGGCGAGAGCAGCCAACUACAUAUUAUCUUCCCUUAGAGAGAUCAAUGCUCUCCCUUCUGGAUUUAGUACUGUUCAGUUGUCAUGCUGGGGUUUAUUAGUUUCACGGCUGAUUCUAAUACUUCGUCAUAUGAUAUACUAUCCUCGUGCUUGUCCGGCGACUUUGCUUUCAGAGUUGAGAUUCAAGUUGAGAGAUGCUGCAUCAUUUGGUUCACAUCAUUGUGUGGAUGGUGACCGGUCCCCCUGGGCAUCAGUUGCGGUCGAAACUAUGAUCGCUACCUUUAUUAAUGAAGGGCGAGUGGAUAGAAGCUUUUUAGAACAGUUGAUUGAUGUUGGGCCGCUUCCGGCUGCAAUAUGUAGAGAUGAUAAGGCGGUUGACUAUUUAGGCUUGAAAUGGACCGAAAUAUGUUCGACCUUCGCAUGGAUUUUGGAGUUCUGGAAAGCUGAAAAAGCUGCAACAGUGGAAGACCUGAUUAUAGAGAGAUAUGUAUUUGUUCUCUGCUGGGAUAUUCCUUCGGUAGAUUUUAAGUUGGAACAUAUGAAUCCUUUUUGGGCUGACUUUCAGAAUCCAGAGGCCACAAAUGUGGAGCAUCUGCUUCAUUAUAGUCAUUCCACAUUAUGCCAUCCAGGUGAUUUUCAUAAGACCAUUAAUAUUUCAGAUGUGGUAUUAGCUUUGCUUCAGCACAUAGAUUCAGUACAAGUAUCAGAUGAUAUCAGGGACCUAAGCUGGGACUUCUUCAGGCAUGGAUCAUGGCUAGCUCUGUUGCUUUCAUUACUCAAUACUGGGAUCUCAAGGUACCAUAAUACUACUGGAUCUGAAGUGCAGAUGUUGGAGGAACACACACCCAGGGAUGCUGAGUUUCUUAUUUUUGCUGAAAGCUUGGUUUCUAGUGUGUUUGGAACUGAUAGAGUUGGGACCCUGGUGAAACUUCUAUCCUCCUUGUUGGAAAGAUUUCUGCAAGUAUAUGAAAAGGCAUUUAUUCUCACUUUCGAUGGCAACCACAAAUUUGCUGAUGCUUGCUUGACUUUGCUGUUUCAUAAGCAUGCCGGAAUUGAUAAGCCUGUGCAGGAUGCUUUAGUAGAGAAGUGUGAAUUGAAUUUUUCGGAUCUAGAGUCUGUUUAUCAACUUUUAUCAAAGGUCACUAAUAAUAUUGAUAAAACGGCUCCAGGGAUUCGGACAAAGGCUUACUGGGAACUCUUGCUGCAUGGAUUCCCUUGUCACACUCAAACUUCCAGUGGAACUCUUCUCUCAUGCAUUUUGAACAUUAGAAUAAUCGUUAGUGUUCUCGCUGGUCUGUUUAAGAUAAAAAAUGCUAGAGAAGUUAUCUUUGCAGAUACUGGUUUACUUCGCCGGAUUCUUAAUUCUGUCUUCAACAUAAAGUUCGACAAAACCUUCGAACCUAUUUAUGGAAAAUGUGACACCAUAUAUGAUAGCUUGGGUGAAGGACUAGAAGGCUUUGAUUAUAGUAGUUUCUAUGUUAUGCACGAUGUUGAAAAUUUAUUAAGAAAAGUCAAUGGCAGAGAACUUAUGGAUAGCAGUGUUUAUGAAUGCCUAAUUACCAAGGCCAUUGAUACGAUGAACAACAUUGGGAAAGAUCACUCAAAGAAUGGUCUGUUUAAAUUCUUGCUAUCUGCAGAAGAUGCAUCUGAACAAAUAAUGGAUCUCUGUUCACGCAGUGUCGAUUUGUUUGUUCUCAUUGAUUCACUUGAUAAAUGUAACUCUGAUGCAUCAAACGUGAAGGUUCUUAACUUUUUUGCUGAGCUGUUAUCCGGAGAAGUCUCUUUGAAUCUGAAACACAAGUUGCAGCAGAGAUUUGCUAGCAUGGACUUACUCUGCCUAUCAAGAUGGAUAGAAAGUAGGCUCCUAGGCUCCACAACAGAACCCACAACUGGGGUCACUGGUUUUAUUGGAAUUUCACCAUCUCUCAGAGAGGCCACCAGGAAUUUUAUUGCAUGCCUUUUGUCUCCAUCUUUGGAAAUGCAGUCUCAGGAACUACACCAUCAUUUUUUCGAAGCUUUGCUAGUUUCGCUGGAUUCUGCUUUUCUACAAUUCGAUGUUAAUACAGCAAAGUCAUAUUUAGGUUUUGUUGCUCAACUUUCAAGAUCGGAGAUUGCAAUGAAAUCUCUUCUGCAGAAAACAGUUGCGCUUAUGGAGAAGAUGGCUGGAGAAGAACGUCUACUUCAAGGGCUUAAGUUCCUUUUUGAUUUUGUUGGGACUAUUUUAAGUGACUGCGGAUCUAAUAAGAAUUCUGUGGAGAAGUCCUCUAGAAAGUCUUUGUCUAGCAAUAGUUCUGGGGUAGGAUCAGUUGCUUCUCGGUCACUUGCUACCAGGAAAAACUCAGAAACUUUGCUUUUUUCUGCUAAUCAAGAAGGAAAUUCCACAUCAAUUGAUUGUGAUGCAACUUCUGUUGAUGAAGAUGAGGAUGAUGGGACGUCUGAUGGUGACGUGGGUAGCAUGGAUAAAGAUGACGAGGAAGAUUCCAAUAGCGAAAAAACCCUUGCAUCUAAAGUUUGCACAUUUACGUCAAGUGGAAGCAACUUUAUGGAGCAACACUGGUAUUUUUGCUAUACAUGUGACCUGACCGUGUCUAAAGGCUGCUGUUCUGUGUGUGCAAAAGUUUGUCACCGUGGUCAUCGCGUUGUAUACUCUCGUUCUAGUCGCUUUUUCUGUGAUUGUGGGGCAGGGGGUGUCAGGGGUAGCAGCUGCCAAUGCUUGAAGCCCCGAAAGUUUACUGGAACUAACAGCGAACCCAGUCACGGUGGCAGUAAUUUUCAGUCCUUUAUGCCUUUUCAAGAGGAUGGGGACCAGCUUCCCGACAGUGAUUCAGAUGUUGAUGAUGAUAUUUUGGUUGACAUGGAUAAUUCUGUGAAGUUGAAUAUUUCAAGAGAGGUUCAAGAUGGAAUCCCGCAGUUACUAGAAGACCUAAAUGUUGAGGAUCGAUUACUUAAAAUCUUUAAUUCGUUAUUGCCUUCUGUAACUAGCAGAAGAGAUUCUAAUAUUUCCCAGGAUAAGAAAGUGGCACUCGGUACUGAUAAGGUGUUGUCUUACAAUGGCGAUCUUCUCCAAUUGAAGAAGGCAUAUAAAAGUGGGUCGUUAGACCUGAAGAUAAAAGCUGAUUAUUCAAAUGCCAAGGAACUCAAAACUCACCUAGCAAGUGGUUCUCUCGUCAAAUCUUUACUAAGUGUCAGCACUAGAGGCCGUCUUGCUGUUGGAGAAGGUGACAAAGUGGCAAUAUUUGAUGUUGGGCAGCUAAUUGGACAAGCUACUAUAGCACCAGUUACUGCAGACAAGGCUAAUGUGAAACCCCUUUCCAAAAAUGUAGUUAGGUUUGAAAUAGUUCAUCUUGUUUUUAAUCCAUUGGUGGAAAAUUAUCUUGCUGUGGUGGGUUACGAAGAGUGCCAGGUUCUUACAGUAAGUCAUCGUGGAGAGGUGGCUGAUCGUCUAGCCAUUGAACUUGCUUUGCAAGGUGCAUAUAUCAGACGGGUAGACUGGGUUCCAGGGUCUCAGGUGCACCUAAUGGUGGUGACCAACAGAUUUGUCAAAAUCUACGAUUUAUCACAAGACAACAUCAGUCCGUUGCAUUAUAUCACGAUAAGUGAUGGCUCAAUAGUGGAUGCAACACUGGUAUUGGCUACACAAGGAAGGUUGUUGCUUGUUGUGCUUUCGGAAGCUGGAUGCUUAUUCAGGCUGGAAAUUACAAUGAAAGGAAAUGUCGGAGCUCGGCCACUAAAGGAAACGAUUGACUUGCAGGAAAGAGACAUAAAAGCAGGAGGCUCCUCUUUGUACUAUUCGUCAACUUUCAAGUUGCUUUUUGUAUCCUAUCAAGAUGGGACCACAUUGAUAGGUCGAUUAGAUCCUGACACAACAUCUUUGUCUGAGAUAUCCUAUGUGUAUGAGGAGCAGGAAGGGAAGCUCCGAGCUGCUGGGCUACAUCGUUGGAAAGAGUUGCUAAGUAGUACAGGACUAUUUGUUUGCUUCUCUAGUAUGAAAUCAAACUCUGCACUGACUAUAUCCCUGGGAGAAAAUGAUGUCUUUGCCCAAAACAUGCGGCAGGCUGUGGGAUCAACUUCACCAGUAGUCGGGCUAACUGCUUACAGACCUUUAUCAAAAGACAAAAUUCACUGUCUAGUUUUGCAUGAUGAUGGGAGCCUUCAGAUUUACUCUCAUGUACCUGUUGGGGUUGACUCUGCUGCUACUGCUGUUUCUGAUAAAGUGAAAAAGCUAGGUCCAGGUAUUCUAAACAAUAAAGUUUAUGGUAGCUCAAAGCCAGAAUUUCCACUUGAUUUUUUUGAAAAAACAAUGUGUAUCACUGCUGAUGUGAAACUAAGUGGUGAUGCCAUCAGAAAUGGUGAUUCAGAGGGAGCCAAGCAAAGUCUGGCUUCUGAGGAUGGGUUUCUUGAGAGUCCUAGCCCGGCAGGAUUUAAGGUAACUAUUUCAAACUCAAAUCCUGACAUUGUCAUGGUUGGGGUUCGUGUGCAUGUGGGGAACACAUCAGCAAACCACAUACCUUCUGAUAUAAGUAUAUUCCAGAGAGUAAUUAAAUUAGAUGAAGGCAUGCGUUCAUGGUAUGACAUUCCAUUUACAGUUGCUGAAUCACUUCUUGCUGAUGAGGAAUUCACAGUUUGUAUGGGUCCAACAUUCAAUAGAUCCGCAUUGCCUAGAAUAGAUUCAUUUGAAGUUUAUGGUCGGGCUAAGGAUGAGUUUGGUUGGAAGGAGAAGAUGGAUGCAGUACUGGACAUGGAAGCUCGUGUACUUGGGAUCAAUUCUUGGGUUGCAGGAUCUGGUAAAAAGAGUCGUGAUGCCCAAUCUGCAUCUGUUCAGGAGCAGGUAGUUGCAGAUGGCCUUAAGCUCUUGUCUAGAUUCUAUUCAUUGUGUAGACCGCCCAUGGGGUGCUUAGGAGUUGAGGAAGGAAAGCCUGAGCUGGGCAAGCUGAGGUGCAAACAGCUGUUGGAGACCAUAUUUGAGAGUGAUAGGGAGCCUUUGUUGCAGGCUGCUGCUUGCCGUGUACUGCAAACUGUUUUUCCCCAGAAGGAAGUGUAUUACCAAGUCAAGGAUACCAUGCGCCUUUUCGGUGUGGUUAAGUCAACAACAAUGCUUUCUUCCAGGCUGGGAGUUGGGGGGCCUACGACAGGGUGGAUUAUUGAAGAGUUUACCACACAGAUGCGUGCGGUCUCUAAAAUUGCAUUGCAUCGUCGUUCUAAUUUUGCUGCUUUCCUUGAUAUGAAUGGUUCUGAAGUGGUGGAUGGCCUUAUGCAAGUUUUGUGGGGAAUUUUAGACGUUGAGCAACCAGAAACACAAGCAAUGAACAACAUUGUUAUCUCAUCUGUUGAGCUUAUUUAUUGUUAUGCUGAAUGUUUGGCUUUGCAUGGAAAAGAAGCUGGGUUGCAAUCUGUUGCACCUGCUGUUUCAUUAUUCAAGAAACUUCUAUUCUCACCUAAUGAAGCAGUUCAGACAUCUAGCAGCUUGGCUAUAUCUUCUAGAUUGCUCCAAGUUCCAUUCCCAAAACAAACCAUGUUGCAUGCCGAUGAUGCUGUGGAGGGCGCAGCUCCCGUAGCUGUUCGUUCUGAUGCUGCCAGUGCUGGUGCUGGAAAUACACAAAUCUUGGUUGAAGAAGAUUCUAUCACCUCCUCUGUUCAGUAUUGUUGUGAUGGGUGCUCAACUGUACCUAUACUUAGGCGCAGAUGGCAUUGCAAUAUAUGCCCUGAUUUUGAUUUAUGCGAGGCAUGUUAUGAAGUGCUGGACAUAGACCGUCUUCCUCCCCCCCAUUCCAGAGAGCAUCCCAUGUCUGCAAUUCCAAUUGAAGCGGAAACUUAUGGCACUGAAGGAAAUGAAAUUCAUUUCUCAGCGAAUGAUGCAUCUGACACAACUUUGUUGCCUGUUGCUCCUAACAGCAGCAUGCAAAAUUCUGCACCAUCUAUUCAUGUCCUAGAACCAAAUUUGUCUGGUGACUUUUCAGCUUCAAUGGUUGAUGCUGUUACCAUUUCUGCAUCGAAAAGGGCCGUAAAUUCUUUGCUCCUUUCUGAGCUCCUGGAACAGCUUAAAGGAUGGAUGGAGACAACAUCAGGAGUUCAGGCAAUCCCUAUAAUGCAGCUAUUCUACAGGCUAUCAUCUGCCAUUGGCGGACCAUUUGUUGACGACACGAAGUCGGACAGCUUAGAUAUGGAGAAACUAAUAAAGUGGUUCUUGAAUGAAAUUAAUACCAGUAGUCCUUUUGCAGCCAAGAGUCGUUCUUCCUUUGGAGAAGUUACUAUUCUUGUAUUUAUGUUCUUCACAUUGAUGCUUCGGAACUGGCACCAGCCUGGAAGUGACGGACCAAAAUCAAGUGGAGGAACAGAUACACAUGACAAAAAUCCUUCACCGACACCUAAUUCUGCAUCAAUUGUAACACCCUCAACCUUGUCUGAUCAGGAGAAAAGUGGAUUUCUCGCUCAUCUUCUUCGGGCCUGUGGCUGUCUUAGGCAGCAAACUUUCAUCAAUUAUUUAAUGGAUAUACUGCAGCAGUUGGUUCAUGUCUUCAAAUCACCAGCUAUUAGUUAUGAUGCCUCACAUGGUCCAGGCACUGGUUCAGGCUGUGGAGCUUUGCUAACUGUCCGAAGGGAGUUACCAGCUGGUAAUUUCUCUCCUUUCUUUUCUGAUUCGUAUGCUAAAUCGCACAGGGCUGAUAUAUUUGCGGACUACCAUAGGCUUUUGCUAGAAAAUGCUUUUCGGUUGGUCUACAGUUUGGUCAGACCGGAAAAACAUGACAAGGUUGUGGAUAAAGAGAAGUUGCAAAAAAUACCUUCUGGAAAAGAUUUGAAACUAGAGGGAUAUCAGGAUGUUCUCUGCAGUUACAUUAACAAUCCUCAUACAACUUUUGUAAGACGGUAUGCAAGGAGGCUUUUCCUUCAUCUCUGUGGGAGCAAGACACAAUAUUAUAGCAUUCGCGACUCUUGGCAAUUCUCAAGUGAAGUCAAGAAGCUUUAUAAACACAUACAUAAAUCUGGUGGGUUCCAGAGUGCUAGAUCGUAUGAGAGAAGUGUCAAGAUAGUGAAGUGUUUAUCUACAAUGGCAGAAGUAGCCGCUGCAAGGCCUAGGAACUGGCAGAAAUAUUGUUUGAGGCAUGAGGAUAUCUUAUCUUUCCUUCUAAAUGGAGUUUUUUAUUUCCGGGAGGAGUGUGUAGUUCAGACUCUUAAGCUUCUUAACUUGGCCUUUUAUACUGGAAAAGAUGGCCAUGUAUUACAUAAAGCUGAAGGAGGUGAUGCAGGAACAGGGGCAAACAAGUUAGGGUCGCAGCCCCUUGAUUCUAAGAAGAAAAAGAAAGGAGAAGAUGGGACUGAUUCUGGUUCAGAUAAAUCCUAUGUGGAUGUUGAGCCAUUGGUAGAUGUUUUUACCAAUAAAACUGGUGACCUUUUGAGACAAUUUAUUGACUACUUCUUAUUGGAAUGGAAUUUAAGCUCUGUACGUGCUGAAGCAAAAUGUGUACUCCAUGGGGUAUGGCAUCAUGCAAGACAGUCACUGAAGGAGACUGUAUUACUGGCUCUUUUACAGAAGGUACAAUCAUUGCCAAUGUAUGGUCAAAAUAUCACGGAGUAUACUGAGCUUGUUACCUUCUUGUUGGGAACAUUCCCGGACAGCAGUGAAAAGCAAAAGAGGUUAGACAUUGUAGAUCGAUGCUUGACCUUUGAUGUGAUUAAGUGCAUCUUUGAGACUCUUCACUCACAAAAUGAGCUUUUAGCUAAUCACCCUAAUUCUCGUAUAUACAACACUUUGAGUGGCUUGGUGGAGUUUGAUGGUUAUUACCUUGAGAGCGAGCCUUGUGUUGCCUGCAGCUCACCUGAAGUACCGUACAGUAGGAUGAAGCUAGAAAGCUUGAAGUCAGAAACAAAGUUCACUGACAACCGCAUUAUAGUGAAAUGCACGGGUAGCUAUACCAUUCAGAGUGUAACCAUGAAUGUUCAUGAUGCUCGCAAGUCCAAAUCGGUAAAGGUGUUGAACCUUUACUACAAUAACAGACCUGUGGCUGACUUGUCAGAGUUAAAGAACAAUUGGGCUUUGUGGAAGCGUGCAAAGAUCUGCCAUCUGGCUUUUAAUCAAACUGAGCUUAAAGUUGACUUCCCAAUCCCAAUAACUGCAUGCAAUUUCAUGAUCGAGCUGGAUUCUUUUUAUGAAAAUCUCCAGGCUCUAUCCCUUGAGCCAUUACAGUGUCCAAGGUGUAGUCGCCCAGUAACAGAUAGACAUGGAAUAUGUAGUAAUUGUCAUGAGAAUGCUUAUCAGUGCAGGCAAUGCCGGAACAUCAAUUAUGAGAAUCUGGAUUCAUUUUUAUGCAAUGAAUGUGGCUAUAGCAAAUAUGGUCGAUUUGAAUUUAAUUUCAUGGCAAAACCUAGUUUUACAUUUGAUAACAUGGAGAAUGACGAAGAUAUGAAAAGGGGACUGGCUGCUAUAGAAUCAGAAUCUGAAAAUGCCCAUCGUAGGUAUCAACAGCUUUUAGGUUUCAAAAAGCCUUUGCUUAAGAUUGUGUCAAGCGUUGGUGAGAUUGAAAUGGACUCUCAGCAGAAGGAUUCUGUUCAGCAAAUGAUGGUCUCAUUGCCUGGACCAUCUUGUAAAAUCAAUCGUAAAAUUGCUCUUCUGGGUGUCUUGUAUGGUGAGAAAUGCAAAGCAGCAUUUGAUUCAGUCAGCAAAAGUGUACAGACUCUUCAAGGGCUUCGACGAGUGUUGAUGAAUUACUUGCAUCAAAAACAUUCUGAUACAACAGUUGCAUCAAGAUUUGUGGUAUCUAGGUCACCUAAUAGCUGCUAUGGCUGUGCAUCUGUUUUUGUUACUCAGUGUCUUGAGCUCUUGCAAGUGUUAUCAAAACACCUGAAUUCUAAAAAACAACUUGUAGCAGCUGGUAUUUUGUCGGAGUUGUUUGAAAAUAAUAUUCACCAAGGUCCCAGAUCUGCUCGCGUCCAAGCUAGGGCUGCUCUUUGUGCAUUUUCUGAGGGUGAUAUUAAUGCAGUGAAUGAUUUAAAUAGCUUAAUACAAAAGAAAGUAAUAUACUGUCUUGAGCAUCAUAGGUCUAUGGAUAUUGCAGUGGCUACACGUGAAGAACUGUUGUUACUUUCAGAGGUCUGUUCUGUGCCAGAUGAGUUCUGGGAGGCGAGAUUAAGAGUUGUGUUCCAGAUAUUAUUUUCCUCUAUCAAGUUAGGGGCCAAACAUCCUGCUAUUUCUGAGCAUGUAAUACUUCCAUGUCUUAGGAUUAUAUCUCAAGCAUGUACUCCUCCAAAACCUGAGACAUUGGAUACAGAGCAGGCCGCAGUUAAGACAACCUCAGUUCCACAGGACGAACGCAACUCAAACUUAUCUGGAUCUUUAAGUAGUAUUGUCAGUGGAAGUAAAUCUGCAUCUGAACUAGAUAAGAAUUUGGAUGGCUCCCAUAAGGCCCAAGAUAUUCAAUUAUUGAGCUAUUCAGAAUGGGAAAAAGGAGCUUCAUAUCUCGACUUUGUGAGGCGGCAAUAUAAGGUUUCACAGGCAGUUAAAGGUGUUCAGAGGUCUAGGCCACAGAGAUAUGAUUACCUGGCUCUAAAAUAUGCUCUCAGAUGGAAAAGACACUCUUGUAAGACGGGUAAGAGUGAAGCAACCUCUUUUGAGCUUGGUGCCUGGGUCACAGAACUUGUACUGAGUGCCUGUUCUCAGUCUAUAAGGUCUGAGAUGUGCAUGCUCAUUAGUUUGCUAUCAUCCCAAAGCUCAUCAAGGAGGUUUCGAUUAUUGAACUUACUCAUGUCUCUGUUACCUGCAACUCUUGCUGCUGGUGAAAAUGCUGCUGAAUAUUUUGAAUUACUCUCUAGGAUGAUAGAAUCUGAAGAUGCACGGUUGUUUCUAACUGUGCGUGGUUAUCUUACCACAAUAUGCAAGUUAAUUACCCAAGAAGUGGGUAAUAUCGAAUCUCUGGAGAGGAGCUUACAUAUUGACAUCUCACAAGGAUUUAUCCUUCACAAACUUAUAGAGCUACUUGGAAAAUUUUUAGAUGUUACCAACAUCAGAUCUAGGUUCAUGAGGGAACAAUUGCUAUCUGAAAUACUUGAGGCCCUUAUUGUCAUUAGGGGAUUGAUUGUGCAGAAAACAAAGUUAAUAAGUGAUUGCAAUCGACUUUUGAAGGAUCUUUUGGACAGUCUUCUACUGGAGAGUAGUGAGAACAAGCGCCAAUUCAUACAGGCAUGCAUUAAUGGGCUUCAAAUUCACGGGCAGGAUAAAAGAGGGCGCACGUCUCUGUUUAUCCUGGAGCAGCUUUGCAAUCUGAUCUGCCCGUCAAAACCAGAGUCUGUAUAUCUUUUAAUUCUGAACAAGGCACACACCCAGGAAGAGUUCAUACGUGGAUCAAUGACCAAGAAUCCAUAUGCGAGUUCUGAGAUUGGUCCCUUGAUGCGUGAUGUUAAAAACAAAAUUUGCAAUCAGUUGGAUCUUUUAGGUCUUGUGGGAGAUGACUAUGGCAUGGAGUUACUAGUAGCUGGAAAUAUAAUAUCUCUGGAUUUGAGUGUUGCUCAAGUUUAUGAGCAAGUUUGGAAAAAGUCAACUAGUCAGUCUUUAAAUGCUGUAUCUGGUACCUUGUCAUCUAAUGGAACGUCAACCAAAGACUGCCCACCAAUGACAGUAACAUACCGCCUUCAGGGGUUAGACGGUGAGGCUACUGAACCCAUGAUCAAAGAAUUGGAUGAAGAUAGGGAGGAGAGUCAAGAUCCGGAAGUUGAGUUUGCAAUAGCUGGGGCAGUUCGGGAGUGUGGAGGCUUAGAAAUUCUCUUGGCCAUGAUUCAGCUCUUGCGAGAUGAUUUGAAGUCAAACCAAGAGCAGUUAGUGGUGGUUUUUAAUCUUCUCAUGUACUGCUGCAAGAUAAGAGAAAAUAGAAGGUCCUUGCUGAGACUAGGAGCUCUAGGUUUGCUACUAGAGACUGCAAGACGUGCUUUCUCUUUGGAUGCCAUGGAACCAGCCGAAGGCAUUCUUUUGAUUGUAGAGAGUUUGACCCUAGAGGCAAAUGAGAGUGAUAAUAUAGACAUUACACAAAAUGCGCUUACAGUCUCUACUGAAGAAACUGGUUCUGGCGAGGAAGCCAAGAAAAUAGUUCUCAUGUUCUUGGAGAGGUUAUGUCAUCCUUUAGGCCUUAAAAAGACAAACAAGCAGCAGAGGAACACUGAAAUGGUUGCUCGAAUUUUACCAUACUUGACCUAUGGUGAACGUGCCGCAAUGGAAGCACUUGUCCAAUAUUUUGAUCCUUACUUGCAGAACUGGAGCGAAUUUGAUCGCCUGCAAAAGCAACAUCAAGAUAAUGCAAAAGAUGAGAGCAUUUCUCAGCAAGCAGCCAAACAGAGAUUUGCCAUUGAAAACUUUGUCAGGGUUUCAGAAUCACUUAAAACAAGUUCCUGUGGUGAGAGACUGAAGGAUAUCAUAUUGGAGAAGGGGAUUACUGGUGUUGCAGUUAGACAUUUGAGGGAAACUUUUGCAUACACAGGGCAGGCUGGCUUUAGAUCUAGUAAUCAAUGUGCCUUGGGUCUAAAAUUGCCAUCAGUUCCCCUCGUGUUGUCUAUGCUAAGGGGAUUGUCAAUGGGUCAUUUGGCCACUCAAAGUUGUAUUGAUGAAGGAGAAAUCUUGCCUUUGCUCCAUGCACUGGAGGGAGUUUCUGGAGAAAAUGAGAUUGGUGCAAAGGCUGAAAAUUUAUUGGAUACUCUAUCAGACAAGGAAGGAAAAGGUGAUGGAUUCUUGGCUGAUAAAAUUUCUGGGUUGCGGAAUGCCACCAAGGAUGAAAUGAGGCGUCGUGCUCUGAGGAAGAGAGAGCAGCUGCUUCAGGGACUUGGGUGGCGACAAGAAUUAGCAUCUGAUGGUGGUGAGCGAAUUGUUAUUGAUCAGCCAGUGCUUGAAGGUCUGGAAGACGUGGAGGAAGAGGAAGAUGGGUUGGCUUGCAUGGUUUGCAGAGAGGGCUACAGUUUGAGACCUAUGGACCUUCUAGGUGUUUACACUUACAGUAAACGUGUUAAUCUUGGCGUGGGGACUUCAGGAAGUGCUCGAGGGGAUUGUGUAUACACAACAGUUAGCCAUUUUAAUAUCAUACAUUAUCAGUGUCAUCAGGAAGCUAAGAGAGCAGACGCCGCUCUUAGGGCCCCAAAGAAAGAAUGGGAAGGAGCAGCCCUCCGAAACAACGAGACUCUGUGUAAUAAUUUAUUUCCUUUGAGAGGUACAUCUGUUCCUGUAACACAAUACAUGCGAUACAUUGAUCAGUACUGGGACUACCUUAAUGCUCUUGGACGUGCUGAUGGCAGUCGGCUUCGGUUAUUGACUUAUGACAUUGUCCUGAUGCUUGCUCGGUUUGCGACUGGAGCCUCGUUUAGUACUGACAGCAGAGGCGGCGGAAAAGAAAGUAACUCAAAAUUUCUCCCCUUCAUGAUUCAAAUGGCUCGACACCUUCUUGAUCAUGACGAUUCCCAGCGACGUACCUUGGCCAAGUACAUCACAGCUUAUCUUUCCUCUUCAACAUCAGAUGCAAAAUCUUCCCCUUCUUCUGUAUCACCAUCUAUAGGAACAGAGGAAACAGUGCAAUUCAUGAUGGUUAGUUCACUUCUCUCUGAAUCAUACGAGUCAUGGUUGGAGCAUCGCCGUACCUUCUUGCAACGAGGAAUAUAUCAUGCUUACAUGCAGCGGAGUCAUAACCGGCCAACCCAGCGCUCAUCUAAUCUGCCUAGUGUUGUGAGACCAGAUUCAGGAAGUAAGGGCGGAAGCGUAACAGAAACUGAUGGCACAAAUGAGUUAUUAUCAGUUAUCCAGCCAAUGCUUGUUUACACUGGCUUGAUUGAGCAGCUGCAGUGCUUUUUCAAGAUUAAAAAAUCGUCAACUUCUGUCAAGGUCCGAGUAGAAGGUCAGACCAAGGACCUAGAUGUGGGUGGUGAGACUGCAAGCGCGGAGGGUUGGGAAAUUCUGAUGAAGGAAAGAUUGUUGAAUGUAAAGGAAAUGCUUGGCUUCUCAAAGGAUUUACUGUCUUGGCUUGAUGACAUGACUUCAAUAACAGAUCUGCAGGAGGCAUUUGAUGUCAUUGGUGUCUUGCCUGAUGUUCUGUCUGGUGGUUUCUCAAGAUGUGAAGAUUUUGUGUAUGCUGCAAUUGAUUCUGGGAAAAGCUAAAUUUAUUAGACUUUGGGGGGCAAUGCUGGAUCCAAGAAAUAGACUCGGAAAUUGUUGAAAUAAUUAUGAAAUGUUUUCGUGUAUGCAAAUGUACAAUGAAAGGCUAUACAGAUGUUGUCAACCCCAUUGUAUUUUAUUAAUCUAAGAGAAAGCACGGGUUUUGUUCAA